AUGAGAUCUAAUACCAAUAUCUUGUUUUCUCUUAUUAUUGCAUCUUUGAUUGUAAUUACUGGUUCGAAAGCUUCAUCGGGUUUAGAUUCUUUUGUCAUUUCUUGUGGCCUUCCCUCUAAUGUGGGCAUGGAUAACCACGGACGAAGGUGGCGAUCGGAUUAUAGAUUCCUGACGUCUUCCACUAACACAAUAAACUCAACAGCACAAUACAAAGACCCUUCUCUUCCUUCACAAAUUCCUUACAUGUCUGCGAGAAUCUUCACUUCCCCAACCACAUACAAAUUUCCUGUCUCUUCUGAAUCUCGGCACUGGCUUCGACUCCAUUUUUACCCCUCAGAAUAUAGCAGCCUUGAUCCCUCCGAUGCUUAUUUUGCGGUUUAUGCAAAUGAUGUCACUCUCCUCCACAAUUUCAGUUCUUUCAUUGCAGCGCAAGCUUUAACGCAAGCCUAUUUCAUCAAAGAAUACUCUCUCCUGCCAAUCCAAUCUGGUGAACUGAACAUCACCUUCACACCAUCUUUAAGCCACCAUGGAUCAUAUGCUUUUGUUAAUGGGAUUGAGAUAGUGCCUAUGCCUGAGAUUUUCAAGCCUGCUAAGUUGGUUUCCACUGACCGGUUUAUUGAUGUCGGGAACAGGCCGUUGCAGACAAUGUUUCGUUUGAACGUUGGAGGAAAUUUCAUAGAACCCAAAGAAGACUCUGGUCAUUUGAGCAGGACAUGGUAUAGUGAUACCCCCUAUUUGCUUGGAGCAAGAAGUGGGGUCACUUCCGGUGCUGAUGAGAAUGUGACGAUUCAAUACCCUUCUGAAAUGUCUCGCUCCAUUGCCCCUUUGGAUGUUUAUAGCUUUGCAAGAACCAUGGGUCCAAAUGCAAGUGUCGACCAGAACUACAAUCUCACUUGGGUGUUUCAGGUUGAUCCAAAAUUUACCUAUAUUGUGAGGCUUCAUUUCUGUGAGUUGGAGUUAGACAAGAUUAACCAAAGGGUGUUUGAUAUUUAUGUUAAUAAUCAAACAGCACAAGAAGCUGCUGAUGUUUUAGCAUGGACACGUUCUAAAGGGGUUCCCACUUACAAAGACUAUGCAAUUUAUGUCACCAAUGGACCUGGUGACGAAGAAUUAUGGGUCGCUUUACAACCUUCUGUUUCAAAGAAACCAGAAUACUAUGAUGCUAUUCUUAAUGGAUUAGAGAUUUUUAAGGUUAGUUCCGAUGAUAGAAAUUUAGCUGGGCACAAUCCGACACCAUCGGAUAUGCUUCUUGAAGAUGAAGCUAGAAAGAAAUUUAGCCCUUCAGAGGCCAAUCAUGCUCCAAUCAUAGGAGGGGUUGCUGGAGGAGCUGUUGGGGUUGCUGUUGCUGUUGCUAUAUGCUUUGUUGCCUAUAAGAAGAGGAAACAAGAUCGUGGGAGUGAUUCAAUUGCUAGGAGUUGGUUGCCCAUAUAUUGGAAUUCACAAACAACAGCUAGCAAAUCAACUUUCUCUGCUGUUAGCAGUACUCUUUCAUCAUUAAGACAGGGGUUGUGCAGACACUUUUCAUUACAGGAGGUCAAGUAUGCUACCAAGAGCUUCAACGAAUCACAGGUUAUCGGUGUUGGUGGGUUUGGGAAAGUCUAUAAAGGUGUCAUAGAUGGAGGGACCAAUGUGGCUAUAAAGAGAUCAAACCCCACUUCUAAGCAAGGAGUUUUGGAGUUUCAGACUGAAGUUGAAUUGCUUUCAAAGCUAAGGCAUAAACACUUGGUCUCUCUAAUUGGAUUUUGUGAAGAAAAUGGUGAAAUGAUCAUAGUUUAUGAUUACAUGGCCAAUGGAACUCUAAGAGAACACCUAUACAAAAGCAACAAACCAGCUUUACCAUGGAAGCAGAGGCUUAAAAUCUGCAUUGGAGCUGCAAGAGGGCUUCACUACCUUCACACAGGUGCCCAAUUCAUCAUCAUUCACAGGGAUGUGAAAACCACAAAUAUACUAUUAGAUGAUAAAUGGGUAGCAAAGGUAUCAGAUUUUGGGCUGUCCAAAACAGGUCCUGAUUUGCACCAAAACCAUGUAACGACAAUUGUGAAAGGUAGCUUUGGAUACUUAGAUCCUGAGUACUUCAGGAGGCAGCAACUCACAGCAAAAUCAGAUGUGUACUCUUUUGGGGUGGUUCUUUUUGAAGUGAUUUGUGCAAGGCCUGCGCUAGAUCCUAACUUGCCUAAAGAACAAGUGAGCCUAGCAGAUUGGGCUUUAAUGUGUCAAAGGGAGGGGAAUUUGGAGAGCAUCAUUGAUCCAGAACUUAGAGGUGAAACCAACCCUGAGUGUUUAAAGAAAUUUGUGGAGACUGCCCUCAAGUGUAUAGCUGACCAUGGGCCUGAAAGGCCAUCAAUGGGUGAUGUGUUGUGGAACCUUGAAUUUGCACUUCAGUUGCAGGAGAACCCAAGUGGAGGGGAACAUGCAGCAGAAGAGAAGGCUAAUGAUGCUUAUGUUAAGCAUAAUGCUGUGGCUAUUUUGAACGUUGGAGAGGGGAGUACAAAUGCAACAACUAACGAGAUGAAUGAUUCCAGUGUAGUUUUUUCACAAUUUUUUCAGCAAAAAGGAAGAUAACGUAAGGAUUAAGAACCAUUAGUGUCAUUUUUGUAGAAUGGAGUUAGAAGUUAUGUUAGGAGCUUCUAUUGGCCAAAAAGGAGUUUUUUUGUUCAUACUCCUUGACCUUCUUUUAACCUUAGAGGAACAAUGCUUAGCCAAAAAAAAAAAAAAACCCUCAGAGGAACAAUGCAGUCAUAAGGAAAAACUCAGGAUUAUGCAGAGCAAUAUCUACUCUCAAGAUGCUCCCUUUUGUGUGAAGGUUUUCAUGAAAGCUUUUAAUUGUUUUUCUCUUAUUUUCAU